UCCGGAGAAAUGUCAGUGCCGAAUUGCCGGUGAACGGAACGUAACAAAAUACAUGAAUUAAAGUAUUUCGUUCGGCUGGCUGAUAAAGGAACAGUAGUUCUCGUUCCAGUGUAUACAGGAUUUUGGUUGAAACCGUUUUUUGGGGAUCAACACUGCGUUACGAAAUGAUCCCUACGACACGAUUGCUAUCCAUGUCCUCAAAAGCUGCUGCAGCUAGCUAGAUAAUAUUAGCUAGGCUAACGCGUUGCGAUAGAGGGACCAUAUCUUGCUAACUCGCUAGCUAGUUUUCUCCUACUGUUUGCAUUUUCUCUUGUCCUCACUAUCGUGUUUUACUUGUACCUUUCCGUUACAGCCCACGUCUCUACAGUAACAUUAUGGUAUACUGUGUCAAUAGGCUUUUCUGUAACUAGUUUGCAUAGCUAGUUUAGUAAGUUUUAAACCCAACUAGCUAACGUUAGCGUCUAGCCCACGACAUUUUCAACACGUAGCUAGCUAACGUUAGCCCUCUGCGGAACCCUACUAUCAAAUCAAGCUUUUCCCCCAGUUUCGUGUUUACUAACUUGAGCAGCUAGUUAUCUGGAAUACGAUGGCUUCUUCGUCGGGAAACGACGACGACCUCACCAUUCCUAGGGCAGCCAUCAACAAAAUGAUCAAAGAAACUCUGCCCAACGUACGGGUUGCCAACGAUGCAAGAGAGCUUGUUGUGAACUGCUGCACAGAGUUCAUACAUCUAAUCUCAUCAGAGGCGAAUGAAAUAUGUAACAAGUCUGAAAAGAAGACCAUAUCACCUGAACAUGUCAUUAAUGCACUUGAAAGCCUGGGUUUUGCAUCGUACAUCACAGAGGUGAAGGAUGUCCUGCAGGAGUGUAAAACAGUAGCACUUAAGAGGAGGAAGGCCAGCUCUCGCCUGGAAAACCUGGGCAUCCCAGAGGAAGAGCUCCUCAGACAACAGCAGGAACUAUUUGCUAAGGCACGGCAGCAGCAGGCCGAGCUGGCCCAGCAGGAGUGGCUCCAGAUGCAGCAGGCUGCCCAGCAGGCCCAGUUGGCUGCAGCGUCCGUCAGCGCUGGACAGCAGGCUGGCUCCUCCCAGGACGAGGAUGAUGAGGAUGACAUGUGAUUAUGAAGAUGAUCCCUGGGUCUAGGCUUGAAUCUGGGCUGCAACAUCCAAAACAUUUGCAACAGAUAAUAAAAACAAGCAUUUCUUAUUGGAUAACUACAGAUAGUAAGCUACCACCCGUUUCUGGUUGUUUUCAUCCGUUUCGUGCCUACUGAACACGACCCAGGCCAUAUCCCUUCUCUUUGGACAGUGUCGGCAAGCAGCCCUCUCUUUCUCUCUCUCCGAAUGCUCUCAUUGGCAGUGAUCUCAGCUGUGUUCGGACAUAAUGCACAUAACUACACCAGUCCAGUAUCAGGAGUUCACAUUGUCAUGGACAGUUUCAAGCUACAUAGAUAUGGGGAAUUGUAUUAUGUUUUUAUUGUCACAUACUAGGUAGACAUAUUUUUUCUUUUUUUGACAGCAGUACCUGAAAACACAUAUUUGGAUAAAGAUACAUUUUCAAGCUUUCCUCCACUUAAAUUAAUGUAAUAUGUUUGUCAAUUACAAAUCAAAUCUGUCAUGGAAUUGUCAUUUUCUGUGUGAUUUGUAGAUUAGAGAUUGUUGGAUGCAAGGUAGCAUGGAAAAUGCUGCCGAAGGCAAAGGGUGUAUUGGGGGGAAAAAGUCUAAUGGUUUUGGCUAUGUUGAGAAACUAACGUGAGGACAGUACAGGUACUGCUCCUUAUCCUCACUUUUCUUGCCAAAGGUGGGCUUUGCUUAAUCCUCCUACUUCUUGUCCUUUUUGGAAAGUAAUUUUUACUGAACUUGUUCCUUACCCCCCUCUUCGUAUGUUUGUUUAACAGGACGGAUAUGUCCCAAAUAGCACCACGUUCCAUAUAAACUGCACUACAUUUGACCAGAGCCCUAUAUAGGCGCUGAUCAAUUGGUGCACUAAGGAAUAGGGUGCCGUUUGGGAUGCACAGAACAUAUUUUUGAAACACUUAGAGGGGUUGUGAAUAUGUAUUUGAUUUGAAAAAUAGGAUUCAAAUGCUUUUUGUUUUAUUUUAGCUCAGUCAUACAUGGUGUAAGUAGGUUGAUGCUUUUUCAGGAUGUUCACCUACAGUAUUGCUAACUGAUUAGCUACUCCUUUCAGAUUUUUUUUUGACUCGUAGAACCAAAGAUAUAGGUUGUGUCCCAAAUGGCACCCUAUUCCCUAUAUUGUGCACUACUUUUGACCAGAACACAAUUGGCCCUGGUCAAAAGUAGAGCACUACAUAGGGAAUAGGAUGCAAUUUGGGUAACAACCACAGGAGAGCUUAACAACCCUAAGUAUAUGAGAUGAGCCCAAAGUGUAUGUUCCAUGUGUACAAUAAAGAGACUUGGGUGCAGUGUGCACUCAGGUUACUGUUCCCAUUGACUGAUGGAAAAUUUCAACUUGGCUUUAAAAAUAUGCAUCCUUUGGUCAAAAGUAGUGCACUAUUUCGGGAAUAGGGUGCCAUUUGGGGUGCACUUUGUUUUUCUGUGGUGCAGUAUGAUAAAGUUGCAUUGUGAAUGUGUGGUGAAUUCUAUAAAGAUUGGUAACCUCUAAUUGUGACACCCAUUAACAUGCCUUUUAUAAAGUUGUAUUCUUUAAGCAAUAAAGUUAACAUCUUUUAUAGUGA